AGCGUUUCGUGAUCAUCAGCUGCGCGAAAGGAGCGUUUUUGGCGCACUUUGGAGGUGGGGUUUUGGCCAAGCGCGAGGAUGAGGCCACUAGAGGCUACAAAUCGAUACUUUAGGCAAGCUGUAAAGAUACUUGGAAUAGAUUCAAAGUUGGAGAGGAGCCUCCUGAUCCCUUUUCGAGAAAUCAAGGUUGAGUGUACCAUUCCCAAGGACGAUGGCACACUGCAAUCUUUCGUGGGUUUUAGAGUCCAGCAUGACAAUUCGAGAGGCCCCAUGAAGGGUGGCAUUCGAUAUCAUCCAGAGGUUGAUCCAGACGAAGUGAAUGCUCUGGCCCAGCUCAUGACUUGGAAAACCGCGGUAGCAAAGCUUCCAUACGGUGGUGCAAAGGGAGGAAUCGGCUGUAAUCCCCGCGACUUGAGCAUCCACGAGCUAGAGCGGCUCACUCGAGUUUUUACGCAAAAGAUCCACGACGUCAUUGGUGUUCGUACGGAUAUUCCAGCACCUGACAUGGGAACGAACGCUCAGACCAUGGCUUGGAUUCUGGAUGAGUACUCCAAGUUUCAUGGGUACUCUCCAGCAGUAGUCACUGGAAAGCCACUUGACCUAGGUGGCUCUGUAGGACGUGAGGCUGCCACUGGAAGAGGAGUUGUAUACGUGACUGAAGCAUUGCUUGCCGACCAUGGCAAGUCUCUCUCGAACCAAACUUUUGUGAUCCAGGGAUUUGGCAAUGUUGGUCACCAUACUGCCCAGUUCCUGUUCGAGGCCAAAGGAAGAGUCAAGGCGGUAAGCGACAUAACUGGAGCGAUAAAGAACGAUGCUGGAUUGGAUAUCCCGGCGCUGAUGAAGCACGCCCGAGCAAACGGUGGCGUGAGAGGCUUCCCGUUGGGAGAUCCGAUCGACCCGAGCUCCAUCCUAAUGGAAGACUGUGAUGUGCUCAUCCCAGCUGCCUUGGGUGGUGUUCUCAAUGGGGAGAAUGCAAAGGAUGUCAAGGCACGAUUCAUCGUAGAAGCAGCAAACCAUCCCACUGAGCCCGAGGCGGAUGAGAUUUUUGCAAAGAAGGGCAUCAUUGUCCUGCCCGACAUCCUUGCAAACUCAGGCGGUGUCACAGUGAGCUACUUCGAAUGGGUACAGAACAAUCAAGGCUUUAUGUGGGACGAAGAUAAAGUCAACAUGGAGCUGCAGAGAUACAUCACCAGUGCAUAUAAGAGCGUGAAAGAAUCAUGCAAGACUCAUAAUUGUAGCCUUCGAAUGGGAGCUUUCACGCUUGGAGUCCAUAGAGUCGCUCGGGCCACGGUUCUUCGUGGUUGGGAAGCGUAAGCUAUUCAAGCAUUUUGUUUUCGUAUAAUAAGACUUAUUAGAAGAUUCAUUCCAAAUCU